UAAUAAAAUGAGUAAUCACUUAUUAAUAUGCAUUGUCAUGAAACAGGAAGGGAGUAGGUCUCGAACCGUCAACCUUCUAGCCCGAAGUCCAGCAAGCUGUCGACUGUGCCCCAAAAGCAUUCUCAAGCGGCAGAGUGGAUAUCCGCGCUUAUAAACCCAGGGUCGUCACAGUAUAUGUAUAUAAAAUAAAUUGUACACAAGAGGGCAUGUGACACCAUUUUUUAGCAAGGCUAUGCUGUGGUCAUAGGUAUGAGGUGAAGCCGAGUACAGUAGACCAGCACAGCUGUGCAAAACAUUUGUAUCGCAUAACCUUGUGUGUACAAUUGCUUUUCUACAAUGGGUUACUUAUUACAUUAAAUGAAAUGUACGCAGAUAACACAAUCACUUCAAACUGAAGCUGGAGAGAGAGAGCAAACCAGCUGCAUUUCAUUUAGUUUGACCUGUUCUUCGGUGGAGAUCGAUUUUUUUUAAAACUAUGUUGCAAAGGUCGGAGAGGCAGAUAGCAACGUUUAUUCAAAUCAAGCAAAGCAAGUGUUAGGCUGAAAGCAAGACAAAAUAACAUCUAGAUGCGUUUUUACAGUGAAGUUAAAGUUCCAAUGCCGCUGUUUUCAUCUCAAUAUCAAAAUAAUUUCUGGGUUACAAUGAGGUACCUUUACUGUGCUUUCUGGGUUACAAUGAGGUACCUUUACUGUGCUUUCUGGGUUACAAUGAGGUCCCUUUACUGUGCUUUCUGGGUUACAAUGAGGUCCCUUUACUGUGCUUUCUGGGUUACAAUGAGGUACCUUUACUGUGCUUUCUGGGUUACAAUGAGGUACCUUUACUGUGCUUUCUGGGUUACAAUGAGGUCCCUUUACUGUGCUUUCUGGGUUACAAUGAGGUACCUUUACUGUGCUUUCUGGGUUACAAUGAGGUACCUUUACUGUGCUUUCUGGGUUACAAUGAGGUCCCUUUACUGUGCUUUCUGGGUUACAAUGAGGUACCUUUACUGUGCUUUCUGGGUUACAAUGAGGUCCCUUUACUUAUAGGAGAUAACUGAGGAUGAAUCAACAACAUUGUAGUUACUCCACAAUACUAACCUAAAUGACAGAGUGAAAAGAAGGAAUUUGGCAAAGAAAUUACAUUUAUGUCCUGAAUACAAAGCAUUAUAUUUGGAGAAAAUCCAACACAACACAUCACUGAGUACCACGUUUCACAUUUUCAAGCAUGAUGGUUGAUGCAUCAUGUUAUGGGUAUGCUUGUCAUUGGCAAGGACUAGACAUUUUUGGGAGGAUAAAAAUAAACUGAAUAGAGCUAAACACACUAGAGGAAAACCUGGUUCAGUCUGCUUUCCACCAGCAGACAAUAACCUAAAAUAAGGCCAAAUAUACACUGGAGUUACUUACCAAGAUGACAUUGAAUGUUCCUGAGUGGCCGAGUCACAGUUUUGACUUAAAUUGGCUUGAAAAUCUAUGGCAUUACUUGAAAAUGGCUGACUAGCAAUGGUCAACACCCAAUUUGACAGAGCUUGAAGAAUUUAAAAAAUAAUAAUCUGCUAAUAUUGUACAAGACUGCUGUAAUCGAUGCCAAAGGUGAUUUAACACCCAGGGGUGUGAAUACUUAUGUAAAUGAGAUAUUUCUGUAUUGAAUUUUCAAUACAUUUGCUAACAUUUCUAAAGACAUGUUUUCAUUUUGUCAUUAUGGGGUAGGGUGAGAAGAAAAAAAUAUAGGCUGGGCUGAUGGGACAGUGGAUGUGCAAUGGUUUCUCAGAAUGAACAAUAAAAAAGUAGCCUAUUUUUGCGUCAUAGGCCUAACCUUUGUAAACAACUUUUUUAGCACGGCUUAAAACGUACAGUAUCUCAACCAAUCACAAAGCUUGUUUUUACCAACCCUUUUUGGAUAUUAAUAUGUAUACAUCUGGAAAAGCUAUUGAACUUUAACACUGUAAAUAUACAUAUAUCUUUUUUCUUCUAAUUUGCAGUCAUGGCAUCUUCAGCACUGCUGAUACUCCUGUUAUAUGCAACCUCAAUUGGCACCACUGUAUCAAUUGAAGACUUAGAAUACUACACAAGAGAAAGAAUUGAAAAAUCUACUGAAUUAUUUGAAAAGAGUUUGGAAAUUGUAAAAAUAAUAGUUGAGGCAAAGGAUCCAUCAGAUUGGACUAGUGUACUUAAGAAAGUCUUAAAGUUCACGGCACGUUAUGGCCCUGCCUUUGGUGGUUUUGCUGGUGCUGCUGUAAAUUUUGCCCUGGCAUUUGUCGGUCAAGAUGACCCAGUGUUAGCUGAGGUGAAGACUCAGUUUGCAGAGGUUAACAGAAAGCUUGACUCAAUCACUUUGCAAAUCAACUCUCUGAAAACUGAAGUCCAGUGGGUAGCCUACACCAGUGUCUACUCUCAAGACGAGCUUAAGAUCAGCAACUCCUGGGACAUGUUCACGGAUUUCUUGACGGAGAGCAUGGCAGCCAAGGACAAGGACAAGAAGAGACAACUGGUGGAGAAGUUCACCCAGUUCUAUGAGAACACAGCAACUGAGAACAGCGUCACCAACUUCUACAAAUACCUGACGGGAGACCAGCCUUCACUCUCCGAAAACCUCCUGGAGCUCACAGUGAACAAAUUCAGUGGUGAAGUUGAAAAGGUGAAGACAUACAGCACAUAUUUCAGAGGUCUGAUGUGGAAGGGCCUGCAGCUGAAUCUCGUCUAUUACAAGCUGAAGGACUUCAACACAGAGGCCAAGGCCAAGCAGUCAAUUAUUCAGUUUUACAACGUUACCCAAGCUCACACACAAACAUUGCUGAAAUGCAUUGAGAACUUUGAACAGUACAUGAAGAAUGAUGUGGAAGUGAUUGGCACAUCCGAAUCCUUAGAAAUGAACCCACUAGCUACCAAAGUUAGAGAGUUUUUGAAUAAAAAGUACUUCUGGUAUGACUGGAUAGUUGCUGUGUACAAAAAGGAAGAUGCCAGUAGCCAUGACAUGUUACGUUAUAUCAAGAUUCCUCUUGAGAAGGUCAUUGUUGCUGUGAGCUUCUCAGAGAAAGGCAACCAUUUUAUUGGAAAUACUAUAAAAGAAUAUGCUUCUAACUGUGUGAAAAGCAUAGAGUGCUCAAAGCCUGAAGUGCUGAACAAACUUCCUGAAUGUUCAUAUAAAUACAGCAGGUAUGGUCCUUCUACAUACAAGUUGGCUAUGACUCAAAUUGCAGCUAUCCAUAUUUCAACAAAAAAAGAUGGGUUUUCUGAAACUCCAGAUGCGCUAAUCAGAAAUGACUGUCACUGGGGCUUCUUUUCAGUCUAUGUAAAAAGUGAUAACCAGAUUAAACAACUUGACCCCUGCUCUGGCAACACUGACUGUGGAAAUGGCCUAUGCAAGAGAAUACUAGACACCUCUUUGACAAUUUGUGAAUGCAAUGAGGGCUUCUAUGGUGAAAAGUGUGAGAUCAAUAUUCAGGACGAUGUGAUGACCGUGAAUGUAAAUGUGGGUGAAGAUGCCGAAGCAUAACAGAUGGCUGGUAGGGAGGAUGUGUAAUUGGCUGGAGCUAAAUACAUGUCAUGGUUUCAAACACAUCGUUUCUAUUUCAGCUGUUAUUGUGAUUCAUCCUCCCCUCACCUGCUUCCUGUGCAGAAUGUGUCUUUCCUUCUCUGUUCCUGCAGGCUCUCGUUUUGUCUAAUCUUGAUUAUUAUCCAGUCGUAUGAUCCAGUGCUACAAGGAAAGACCUAGUUAAGCUGCAGCUGGCCCAGAACAGAGCUGUACAUUUUGCUCUUAAUUGUAAUCAGAGGGAUGAUGAUGGCUAAUUUCCCGAGGUUGCAAAAUUCUGGUAACUUCCCCAAAAUUCCCAGGUUUUCCAGAAAUACCUGAAGAAAAGCAUGGGAAAUCCAGCAAACCUGGGGAUAUUAAAAAAAAUGGGAAUUUUGGGAAAGUUGACAGAAUUUUGUAAUGGUGCCAUUCUGCCAGAGAGUAGGACAUUCAUCUAACCAUCAUCAUUUUCAGAAUUCCGAAGUAAAAAUAUCCCCCAAUUGAAUCAUACAAAUCAUGAUCUAAGAAAAUGUAUAUACAUAAUCUUUUUUUUUUAAGUGACUGCUAUAAGCAACGCAAACGCAAAUAUUUCAGCCUCUAUCCUAUCACAUUUUUUCCAUUUAUGUAUAUUUGUACAGGAAUAUAUAUACACAGAUCAUCAUGUCUAAGAUCAUUGUUACAUGUAUCCAACAUAAACCUUCAACACCCUGUUAUGGAUAGACGAUGGUAAACCACUGUAAUGCUUUUAUGCUUGUGCUUCUGUAAAGCCAUACUUCAUUUUCUAAUGCAAUAAACAUUGAAUUCCGAAACCAA